CGUCAAUCCAGUAGUGCCCAGUAGAUCAAACAACAACAACAACAAUAGCACAUCCUCUCACCAAAACACAUCGACAUCUCUAAAUAACUCCUCUUCCUCAUCAUCAUCUUCCUCAUCUUCUCACAACGUAUCCAAGUCAGGCCUAGCCAUAAAGUGUCAGUCAAAAGACUCGACAACGAACGAUAUGAGCAAAUGUAGCAACAACAAGCAGAAAAGGCAUAGAACGAGAUUCACCCCGGCCCAACUUAACGAACUGGAGAGGGCCUUCAGUAAGACCCACUACCCCGAUAUUUUUAUGAGAGAAGAACUGGCCAUGAGAAUUGCUCUGACUGAAUCUAGAGUUCAGGUCUGGUUUCAGAACAGAAGAGCAAAGUGGAAGAAGCGGAAGAAGAUGACAAACGUUUUCAGAACUUCCGGGGCCCUCCUGCCCUCAACAUGUCUAUCCCCAUUCGUUUCAUCUCCCCCUGUCAACGAACCAUUCUACCCUUUUCCAGAAACUUGUGGACCGUGGGCUACAAUGUCCUCACCACUAAAUCACCCGAUAAAUCACCGAAUCAUACCGACCGAUCAACAUUUCGCUUCCUUCAAUAACCGACAAUCAUAUCCGCCGAGUCAGUCUUUCUCGAACCCGUCAACGUGCGUGAAUUCGAACGUGCCUCUGGUCGGUAUUUCCAUGCCAAACAGCGCAACUUACGAGUCGGUAUCGGCAGAUGGCGCUUCUAUUGGGGGUAACAUUUACUCAACUUCGUCGAUAUUUCUGAACUCGUCGUCGUCGCCGUACUCGUGUAUGAUUAACGGUAAUUGCGAAUCGCCCAUCCCUAACCAUAAUUUGCCCCCGUCUUGUGGGGUCCAAGACAUCGGGGAAAUUUGGAGGGGGACUAGCAUUGCCUCCCUACGUAAAAAGGCCCUUGAACAUACUGUAUCGUCUAAUAUACAGGGCUUUCGAUAAAGAUUUGAAAUCAUUUUUUAAUUUAUAUAUAAAUAAAUAAAUUAUUUUAUAUAUUUAUAUAUUUUUUAUUAAUUUAUAACUUAAUUAAUUUAAAUAAAUUAAUUUGUUUUUACAUCGUGCAAUCUUAUCGUUUAGCUCGAGUUUUUUGUAAUUUAAUUGAAUAAUUAACUAACUAAUUAAUAAACUAAAUAGGUUAUUAGUUAGUUAAUGAAUUAUUUAUUUUAUAAUUAAUUGUUGUUGACACUUUUGAACUGAAAGACACGAAAUUAAUUUUGGUUUUUUCGUGAUAUAUACAUACGUAUUGUAUAUAACUUUUUUUCAAGUUUCCCAUUCAACAUUCCACAUUAUUUUUUAUAACAUUACGUUUCCAAAUGUGUUUUACAAAAUCUUUUAAUAAAUAACAAGAACGACAA